AUGAAUAUUUGGGAUUUAGCUAGAGAAAAGCUUAAGGAGAGUGAAGCAAAAGCAGCAGACUUAGACGAGAAAUUGGACACGAACACAACAGCCAAAACUGCUACAAGUCAGAUAAGAUUACGAAAAGAAUCUGUAGCAUUGAUAUGCGGAAGUCGGCAAUGUGGAAAAACAACAUUUUUACAUAAAUAUUUGGAAAGGAAUGAAGAACCUAAAGCUACAAUUGGCUUGGAUUAUCUGUUUGGACGACGAACGAGAGGCAAAGUUAAAGAUUUGUGUAAUAUAUACGAGUUGGGUGGAGGCAUCAAACUAACAAAUCUUCUUUCCAUUCCAUUGAAUUCGGAUAAUAUUGAAAUCACGUCGCUUAUACUCAUAUUAGAUUUAACGAAACCGUAUGACAUGUGGGAUACGUUGGAUGGAAUUGUGUCGAGCGUCAAGAAGGAAAUUGCUAGAAUUCAUCAAUUUCUGUCGCAAAACAAUCCGACGGCCUUGCAGAGGCUUUCCGAAGUUCAGAGCGAUCGUCUGAAAGCUUAUGGGGAGCAACUUCGACUAUGCUCUCCUUUAGGAAUUCCGUUUAUGAUCAUCGGCUCGAAAUACGAUGAAUUUCAGAAUUUGGAAUCAGAACAACGCCGACACAUUUGUCAAUUUUUGAGAUUUGUAUCUUUCUACUACGGGGGGUCUUUGAUGUUUUAUUCAUCCAGAAUGGAGUCUCUCAUAAAAACUGGAAGAGCUAUGUUCAGUCAUUAUGCAUUGGAAACAACACUGCCGAAAACGAUUGUCUCUGACCAUAACAAGCCAUUAGUCAUUCCAGUGGGAAUGGAUUCGUUUCAGGACAUUGGAGCUCCUCCGAUGGUAGAAAAUUCUUUUGCCAGAGCCAGUCAACCAAUAGAAUUAUGGAGAGAAGCAUUCAAUUCUUUGUUUCCUCCCAAGGAAACAAAUGGUGCUGGAGAAGAUCCCACAUUCGAUCCCGUUUUCAAGGAGCCCGUAAUUGACAAACUGAUUGAGCAAAAACUAAAAGAUUUGGAAAUGUAUCAGAAACAGAAGAAGGAUAGAUUGAUUGCCGAGGAGAAAGCUAAAACCCGCAUUGUUAGCAUGUAG